CUAUUCCUCGGAAAAUUCUCUCUCCAGGAGGAGUCGAGCAGGACAGCAAUGCGACUUAUAUGACCUGAGGAUAUUCUUGCCUCCUCUCGGGCCAGCGACGCUACCUUCUCUACCCCGCAAUACCAAGCAAAGCGGACCUCAAAGCCAUCAUGCGCGCGGCCGAGCUUAGGACUCUGGCUGCUGCCAAAGCCACCACAUUCGUGAACGCAUUUAAAAGUCGCGAGGGUUUCAAAUAUUUCAUUGAAACGCGCGAUACUACCCUCGGCCAGCAUGGCGACCCAGAUUCAAGGCAUAUUUGGAGCAACGAAGAUUUGGACCCAACUCCACCAGAAAAGAGAACUUGGCGAUGGUGGAAUUAUGUCACAUUUUAUAUGGGCUUGUCAUUUGGAAAUUGGACACUGGGCAGCACCAUGGUUGGAAUUGGCCUGAAUUGGUGGCAGAGCAUCCUCGUGAUCUUUGGUAGUCAGACCAUCUCGUCUAUUGCUAUGUUCUUCAACUCCAGGUGUGCAAGUGUGUACCACAUUGGAUAUCCGGUCGUGGCACGCAGUGUCUUCGGUAUGUGGGGAAGCUAUUACUUCGUCGCCGCGAGAGCUGCACUGGCAAUCAUUUGGUAUGGGGUUCAGCUUUAUUCUGGAGCAAGCUUUAUGUCGAAUAUCCUUCGCUGCAUCUUUGGACAUAAAUACACCGACAUACCGAACCAUAUCCCAGCUUCGAUUGGAAUAACGACCGCGGGCAUGCUGUCUUUCUUCCUAUUCUGGCUCGUCCAUUUUCCAUUCUGCGCCUUCCGCCCUUACCAGCUCCGAUCAUUCUUCUGGUUUAAGUCCAUAAUUGUCCUUCCAGCGGUGUGGGGUCUAUUUAUCUUUUGCAUGGCCAACACGAAGGCCAACCUGGGUUCUGUCUUCCCUUCCACCUAUUCUGGCAGCAAGGGCUGGUUCAUAAUGUAUGCCAUUAACAGUGGAAUGGGAAAUACCGCGACGCUCAUUACCAACCAGCCCGAUAUUGCAAGAUGGAGUAAAACCAAAACGGGAGCGCAAUGGUCUCAGCUUAUCACAAAUCCGAUUGCGGUAACGGUUUCGGCAUCCCUUGGUAUCCUCUCAACAGCUGCAAUCAACAACAGCUGGGGGCUUAAUCUCUGGAACCCGUGGGAUUUACUUGAGGCUAUCCUUGAUAGAUACUGGUCUGGAACCACGCGGUUCGCAAUUUUCCUACUGGCUUUCUGUUGGAUGGUGUCCCUCCUGGGAACCAACAUUGCGGCCAAUAUGAUCCCGUUUGGAUCCGACAGCAGCAUGUUACUUCCACGCUAUAUCACCAUUCCUCGAGGACAAUACAUUGUGGAGUUCUUGGCGUUCGCAAUCUGUCCAUGGAAAAUUCUCAGUUCAGCUUCGGUGUUUACCACCUUCCUUUCCGGAUAUGGACUCUUCAUGGCCAGUGUUGUUGCCAUUAUGGUUUGUGAUUAUUAUCUUCUUACAAAAGGAAACGUGUUUGUUGGACAACUCUACCAUGGAUCUAAAGCAAAUAAGCACUAUUAUUACCAUUACGGUUGGAACCUUCAAGCCGUCUUCGCCUAUCUCUGUGGGAUAGCUCUUCCAUUUCCAGGUUUCGUUGGGACCCUCGGUGCCAACGUCUCAACCCAGGCAACAGAGCUAGGCCGUCUAGGCUGGCUCUUGUCGUUCUUCGUCAGUUUCGUGGUGUAUUAUGUGGUUUGCAUUAUCUGGCCAACCAAAAACCAGAGGUUGAUCAAGGAGAUGGGUCUCAAAUUUGAAGAACAGAGUACGGAAACAUUUACUGCAUCAGACGGAACCGUGAUUGUGGAAGAGGGGAAGGUGGUCCGGGAGAGAAGCGAAAAUUCUGAUGGUGAGGGAGUUAUUCGGGAGACAUAUGGCGUGCAGAAGAACUUUUAAGACCAUUUAGUCAGACAGAUCUCUCACAAAAUAUAAUCACUAAUUUUUAGGCCUCUUCAAUUUUACAGAAUAUGACUGUAGCUCAAUCAAGGCCCUAAAUAGAAAAGAACAAUCUGAAU